ACGUCUAUACACCGCCAACGCGUCCGCACGCGCGCCAUGUUGUAAUCUUGUGUUCUGUGCACGAGAAAAAUGUCAAAAUACAAGUUUUUAAUUGUUCUUCUAUUCUCUGUGGUCCUGGUUGCUGUGUCCGCCCUUCCCAGUCCGACAACAGAAGAGGAUGAUGACGAGGACGACACGACCCCAAGCCGUGCUGAUGCUGAUGAUGAUGGAAGGGUGUACAAGAACCCUCGCAACUCGCCGUCCGCUCUGUGCCCUAGGGACGAAGAACAGGCAACUUUGCUGGGGCAGAAAUGUCUCCGCAAAUGCUCAUCUGAUGAAGACUGUAAGAGCAAGAAGAAGAAGUGUUUGUGUGACGGCGCCUGUGGCAUGUCCUGUAUUAAGCCAGACCGUGAGUGUCCGGAGUUAGAGCAACCGGAAAUAGGGAAAGUGUCGCUGACAGGACGACUCUUUGGAGAUAAGGCGGUAUAUUCGUGCCCCCACGGCUACCACGUAGUUGGUCUGCAGAGUAGGAACUGUCAAGCCGACGGCAAAUGGGCGGGACAGCCUCCCGCUUGUAAGGAGAAUAUCUAUUGCCUCCAACCACCGACCAUUCCUCAUGCCCGUCACUCAGCACUGCCUGAGCAGGCCACCUUUGACCUGGACGCGACUGUUCAGUACAAUUGUCAUACCGGAUACGUCACCAAUGGCUUCCCUAGAGCCAAAUGCCUGGCUAUCGACAGCCAGGCAUCAUGGUAUGGGCCGGAUAUUACUUGUGAACCCCGUUCUUGCGGUGAGCCUGGUGAAGUUCCCCAUGGGUGGGUAACAGCUGACUGUCACACCUUCGGGUGUCGCGCUGUGGUACAGUGUGGUCAGGGCUUUGAGCUUGUUGGAAAGGCAGAGCGUUAUUGCCAAGCCGAUGGGGCAUGGGCCCCGAAGGAGCUUCCUACGUGUGUUCUGGUCACACAGGUGCAGUGUCCUCCCCCUGAGGCGCCGAGACAUGGAAAGGCUGUGUACACCUCUUGCGCUUAUAACUCGGUGGUAUCUUAUGAAUGCAAGUAUGGAUACCGAUUGGUUGGAGACGCUACGCGGCGUUGCGGUGCUGAUAAGAAGUGGUCGGGAACGCAGCCCCUAUGCAAAGAAAUAAAUUGCGGGCAUCCCGGUCAGCUGUGGAACGGGUGGUUGGAGAAUAUAUCAUCGGGUACUGGUCUGGGGGCUUCCAUCAUCUUCAGAUGUCAGGAUGGUAUGAGGAUGGAAGGGAAUGGUUCUGCAAUCUGCCAGAGCGAUGGUACUUGGAGUCAUCCAUUGCCAAUGUGCUUGGCGCCCUGCGUAGUGCCGCAUGUCUCUCAGGGUAGCGUCGUGCUGAUGGAAAAUAAAACAAGUGAAAACGACACCCAAGAGCAUACACAGAUAGUUCGUAGCUCUACUAUGGUCCAACAUGGUGAAAUAAUCGUAGUAGAAUGCGAGAAAGACUACGAGUUUCCGUCUACUAACGCUGCGAUUACCUGCAACAAUGGAACUUGGACGCAGAUACCACGUUGCCAACCAGCCAGGUGCAAGAGAAUGCCGAAAUUUCCCAGAAAUGGUAUGGUGAUAGCACCAAAAACCGAACACGGCAUGAAGGCUCGAUUCAGGUGUAAGGACGGAUUUGAGUUGAAGGGAAAUCCGAUUGUUGUAUGUUCGUUUGGCACAUGGAGCGGAGAGACACCCAAAUGUGAAGAGUUGUUCUGCCCGUUUCCGGGUUACAUAGAGAACGGAAAAGUACUUCUGGUUGGUAACAUGGGACUGUAUGACUAUCGUCCAUAUGUGAAAAAGGUGGUCAACAACAAGCAGAUAAUGUAUGAAUGUGACCGAGGCUAUGUGCUGUCUGAAGGAGCCCCCGGCGCCACCUGUGUGGGCGGACAUUGGAGCCCCAGAGAAUUACCCAAGUGUACACUGUACAAACAUCCACGUAUUCGUUGGAGUCGAAGACGCAGAUCUAUCACUGACACUGAAGUACGUCACAGACGAUCGGCCUACCUCAGGCAAUAUUAUAACAACCUUCGCAAGAGUCUCGACAGCUCACAGGAAAACUUAGAUCAGUUAUACGAAAAAUACAAUCAUGACACUGAGAAACCGACACUACGACAUGCAAAUUUCAAAAUGAUGAAGAAGUUUGAUUUAGACUUUGACGAAGAUAUGCUAGAGCCUCAAGGACCUGAUGAUGGAAACCUUCCAACAGCUAUCUACACUGUUUAUAAUGUUCACGGCGAACCAAUAGCACAUAAGUUUUACUCCUACCAACCUGUUUAUGAGCCUGAAGAAGAUGAAAUUGUACACGAUGAAACACCAGACUAUGGUGCUUCUAUGGAAACCGAUGAUUCUCAACUAACUAUUCUUAAAGGGGGUUCUUUCCCUGAACACGAAGACACAAGUAAUGAAAUUUCAGAAAAUAUAAAUAAACUCAAACAUCAAUACUUCGAAAGAUAUGUGGAUAGACGACGUAAGCGAUUUUUGAAUGUUACUGACUCACCAGAUCAUAGUAUUGAAAUUGAAUCAGGCACGGAAGUUAAGGCUAGGGAGAAACGAAAUGUCAAUUAUGAAGAACAUGAUACACAAAGUUAUGUGAAACCUACGCAAGAGGUUUCUAGUGAAAUAUCUGAUUAUUUUCUGAAAGUAAUACCAUUACAGACUCAAGCGAUCUCGCCUAGUAAUAUUAAAGGAGCUGGAAUAAUACCAUUGCAGCAUAAGACUACAAAUUCUACGGAGUUUGUUAAUAUUUUGGAUAAACGAGAUAAGAGAACAAGUAGGAAAACAGAUAGACUUAAUCAGACUACAGCGACAGUGCCUAAAACUGGACGAGAUGGUAAGGGUGGAAGAAAUCGUCAGGCAGGGUCUGAGAGUAAGUCAACUGAAGACGAUGCCACAAUCGAAACCAAAGAAAGUGAAGGAAAUCAGAAUGGAAAUGAGAAAAAUGGUAAAAAAGGGCGUCCUAAAAGUCCCUGUGACCCAAUAGAGAGUGAACCGUAUGUUAAUAUAGAGAUAGUCAAGUAUGGACGAGACCCUAAUAAUACAUUUAGUUCUGGUACAAUCGUAAGAGUAGCAUGUGGAAAGGGUUAUGGACUGAACCUUGAGGCGAAUGCAACAGCUAAAUGUGUUAGAGGGAGAUGGAAGCCAGAAAAGCCUGUGUGUGAAGUUUUACCAUGCCACGUGCCUCCCACUGAAUAUGGAAUCUACACUAUGUCUCCAAACGGGAACUUAGGCAGUCUUAUUGCCGGCACCAAUAGAGAUGAUGACAGAGAGCUCAAUGAAACAGAUCCAGUUCCUAAUGGACAGAUAGUACAUUUCUCCUGUGAAUAUGGAUAUAAUGUACAAGGACCGACGAACUUACGUUGUUGGCUUGGUGAAUGGGCAGUCACCAGUAUGCCUGAAUGUGUGGCAGCUCCGUGCGAACUGCCCCUGCUAACAGGCGCGACAUACGAGGCUGGUUAUCGCGCGGGUCUAACAGUUGCCCACGCAUCAUCUGUUGGCAUAUCCUGCGAGCCCGGACGAUCACCACCAGCAACACUCAACUGUCAUUUGGGCAGAUUACAGCCAACUGUACAUGAGUUUUGUAGACCGCAGCUAAACGUGACACGACCCUGGAUAAAAUCAAAUUUCCAAAGCGGCUCUGAUAUUGUGAGAGGAGAUAUUUCAGAGUUGGAACCUGAUUUACAAGAAGGGGCAAUACCCUGCGCCCCUCCCGAGAGGGUACAAGGCACUUUGAUAUAUAGAGAUGGCUCUGACGUAAAUGAGACAUAUGAUAUCACACACACGUACCCUCAUGGUGUGAAAAUAACAUUUAGUUGCAUUGCAUCUAUAAUGGGCGAAAAAACCACUUGGAAAAUUAUAUGCGAAAAUGGAAAUUGGGUUGGAAAGAGUUUUAAUUGUGACGAAUUAGAUGCUCAAAGCGAAGAACUAAUAAGCAACAACACAUGCACGUUCCGUAAUGAAGAACCUCACGUCGUGUCAUUCUUUAAUGACCUGCAGAUAACGGAAACUGUUGAGUUUCCUCCCGGUGCUGUUAUUGUAUCUAGAUGCAGUGACAUUGGAAAGUAUGCCUUAACAGGAUCGCAGAGCAGACGCUGUAUCGGCGGGUCAUGGGAUGGAAUCAAACCAACUUGCUUUGGGCUUAACCAAGAAAAUGACUAUGCUAUGGAAAAACCCCCAACAAUACUUUUCCGACAUUCUAACGGACCCAUAGCUCAAACAAAUGAUGGGAAGCUGUUGGUGUACCCGGGAACUGUGCUACACAUGGAGUGUCUAUGGAUGAGGAGGUUCGGAAACCCCAAGUGGAAUGUGACUCACUUUAUCCCCGAUUCAGAGAGGAAAUACACCGAAGGCUGGAGCACAGACCCAGGACGAGAUAGUCAGCUAGAAUACCGUAUCAGCAUUAUGAACGCGGAGAAGGAGGACUCAGGGAUAUACCGGUGCGAGACACCUGCGAGGCAGAGUCAUCAGGUCGAGAUCAUCGUGGAAGAUGUCCAUUGUCCACCUCUACCCAUACGAAGAGGUUUAGUUCCAAGCAGUCUCGACACUCAGCUGGGAAGUGAGAUCACCUUCUCCUGCGCGAAUGGAAAUGCUUUACUUGGAGCGUCUACCUUGUUCUGCAGGGCUUCGGGAAAUUGGAGUGCACCUUUACCUGUUUGUGAAAGUGUAGAAUGCGGUGAUGUGGUCCACGACACUCCAAUAAAUGAUGGGGAAAGAAGACCCAGGGUUGCGGUGGUAUCUCGAGGUGUUGGGGGUCGGGCAGCCUUCUCAUGCCCCCCGGGCUGGGCACUGAAUGGACCGACUGAGACCGUAUGCCUACCUGCUGCAGAUUGGGCCAAACCUUUCCCUGUUUGUCGAGAGGUAUCCUGCCCCGCCCUUCCACCCCCUGCAUCAGGAUACGUGCUAGGUCGUGCUCCAUACCGCGCUGGAGAUGUCCUGCAAUUCCACUGCAACCCAGAACACACCCUUCACGGCAGACCCAUUCUGGUGUGCCAGGACAGCGGCAGGUGGAGUGACAAGCCCCCCACUUGCGCUCAAGCGUGCACAUAUCCGGGAACGACAAUAUCCGGUCGAAUGUCAUCUGUCAAGUUCUAUUAUAAGAUCGGGGAAACUGUCUCCUUUACCUGUGAACCUGGAUAUAGAAUCAAGGGAGCGCCAAUGUUAAGAUGUCUGAAAAAUAGGAAAUGGUCCAACGCCAUCCCACUCUGCACACCAAUAUCAAACUACACAUCGCCAGAUUCCAUAGCCAUGUUGAACGGUGACAUAGACGCAAUGCUGUCAGACGGCGCCAUCUUGAACACAGACAUAUCUAAAAUUGAAACGCCCGCCAUUUUGUCUCCACAGAGUCUAAAAGCCGCCAUGACACGAGUAGCUGCGACUAGGCUUUUACGUAGAGCGCCCAUAGAAACUGUUAAAAAUAGAAUUUAUAGGGUAAACCGAAUUCUACGGAGGGAUACGGGAAGAUAAUUAUUAUUUCUGGGUAAUUUUAUUUAAGCAAGACCGGUUAUUGCCAAGUACUUUAAAGUUUC